AUGAGAUUUGAUGAAAACACACUGUUGAACCAAUACAAUCGUCACCACUAUUACCAACGAACCUUUUCCAUCACCGUCGAUGUCGGCCAGUUACCGCCAUCACUAUCAAAACUCACCGGAUCGUCGACCACCAUAUGCUCUACCACCGUCUCAAACCUUCGUUUCCUCCAAUUCUGCUACAUUUCACUGCCGAUAAGCUUUUCACAAAACUCCAUUACUUUUGAAUUAGUAACAGGCUCUUGAAAAGAGAAUUGGUCCACCUUACAAAAGCAGCAUCAUUCUUUCAGAAUAUCAAGGUUCAUUUUACAAAAGCAACAUCAUUAUUUCGGAAUAGAAGGGUACACCUUACAAAAACAGCAACAUUCUUUCAGAAUAAAAGGGUUCACCUUACAAAUACAACAUCAUUCUUUCUUCAAGGAGAAAUCUGGCAGAAU